GGGCACACUCGACUGUCGGCAGCGACUGUCGAAGGCCGUCCGACCGGUGACAGCGGAGCUGUGACUUGUGUACCGAGCUGUGAGCCGGCGCCGCUGGCGUUGUCGAGGGAGAUUAACGGGAAGGUGGCAACGAACCGGGGAGCGGCGGCAAAUUCAGCUACAUAAGUUCAACGCCGUUCAGCGGAAGGACUCAAGAGGGGCGACCGACCCCACGCGACUGCUUCAUCUGGUCCUGGCCGCCGACACUCCGCUGCUUGGCGCUGCCACCAUGUCUAUGAACGCAGACACGCGGUCGCAGGCCCGCCAGCUCUACCUGGAGACGAUGCUGCGCGGGCUGAACCUCACCUUCAGCGAUUGGGAGGCGUUCCAGAACGGCUCCACCGCGGCGGUCACCGGUUCGACGCCAGUCAUGUUCAGCGACCGUACCGAGGCCACGAGUGACAUCUGUGGCGAGGGCGUACGCUGGUUGAGGGACUCCUACCGGCCCGUGCAUGGCUACCUGGCACUCAUGGUCUGCCUGUUCGGCUCCGUCACCAACCUCAUCAACAUCGUGGUGCUGACGCGGAAGGGCAUGCUGUCGUCGACCAACACGAUCCUCACAGGACUGGCCGCCGCCGACCUGGCCGUCAUGCUGGAGUACAUUCCGUUCGCCGUGCAGCACUAUAUCAGCGACACGGAUCCGCAGUCUCACUCCCAGGUGCUCUACGUGCUGUUUCACGCGCACUUUGCCCAGAUCUUCCACACGGUAUCCAUCUUUAUGACAGUGAUGCUGGCCGUGUGGCGGUUCCUGUCGAUCGUCCACCCGACAGUGGCCGCCAAGCACUGCACCAUGAAGCGAUGCCUGACCUUCAUCGUGCUAGCCUACCUGGCCUCACCCGUCAUCUGUCUGCCGUCCUAUUUCACGUUUGCCGUGCGCAGCCAGCCGACGCUCCAGCCGGGAGAAUUCAUCUACAGCAUCGACAUCAGCGACAUCGCGAGGCGGCACAACAGGCUGCUGAACCGCGCCAACUUCUGGCUCUUCGCCGUGGUCAUCAAGCUGGUGCCGUGCCUGACGCUGACGUACUUCUCGGUCCGUCUGAUCCGAGUUCUGCUGGAGACGAAGCGGAGGAAGCAGCGGCUGAUGUCGGGCUGCAGUCAGCUCAGCGCCGACCACCACCUCGUCCAGGACACUCGCCGGGCCGACCGCACCACUCUCAUGCUGGUCGCCGUGCUGCUGCUCUUCCUCAUCACCGAGUUCCCGCAGGGCAUCCUCGCGCUGCUCUCGGGCGUCCUGCAGGAGCGCUUCUUCUCCAUCUGCUACCAACAUGUCGGUGAACUCCUCGACAUCCUGGCGCUAACCAACUCGGCAGUCAACUUCCUGCUCUACUGUCUGAUGAGCAAGCAGUUCCGAGAGGCGUUCAGCGCUCUGCUGAGGCGACCUGCCCACCUCAGGCCGCUGAGUCGUAGCGGUCAGCCGGCCAAGUUUCACAGCAUCUCCAUGACAGUACUCAACACCAACACCACGUUUGUGUGAUCGUCAGACCAAGGCUGGCGGCGGCUCGAUGGCGAUAUCGCUGCUGGAAAAUAUUGUGGACGGAGGGGAACUGAGGGAACUGUGCGUGCUUGUUCAAAGACGGUGAUAAUGAACGAAAGCGUUGCAUUAUUCGGCUGAAGUGUUUAAGCCGGUUGAGCGCUUCAGCCAAAGGUGGAGAUGUAUCGUGUAUUGUUCGUGCACUACCGAUAAAAACUUUGAAAUUGGACGACUGCGACAGCUGGCUGAUCUCACACCAGAACACUGUCCGCGUCGAAUACAUAGAAUAUCAGCGGUCCUUCCCCGAACGUGGAUCUACACGGCCUACCCGAACAUUACGGUGAAGUUUUCAAUUACGCUGGGAAACACGGCAGACUGACAGGCCUGUGGCGACGUGGGCCGAUCGUUUCCAAGCACCGUGUGCGGUACACCGUAUUGGUGCGCUUGUUGUGAGUCACUCAGGACGAUAUAAGCUAAGCUCAAGUAUUGACGAAAUUUCUAGCCGUAAGUGAUAUGGCAUGUCAUUUCUUGGCUGAUAUACUGAAUGUUGAACUAUUGAAGUAGAAUAUAUAAAUAAGUAUUUUUGUGACAAUGAAACGAUGGCGACUCGAUUGUAUUUAGUCGAAUCUUCAUGAUGUACGGGUGUGGUGAUUACAGUGCGUGUAAAUAAUGCGUAUAUAGAAUUGUUUCAACGAGAGCAUUUAUACGCGGCGUUAGUUCAGAGCCUGCAUUCUGCGAUCCUGCAUCAGUUUAUGAAAAGGAAGCUUAACAUUGUUGGGUCGGUUUCAUGAACUGUCUCCUUUGGCUCUAAAUAAGGUCGAGGUUUUCAAAUUGAAGGAGCUCCUGGUACUUCGCAGUUAUCAUGGCUGCUUGAUCUGUCAUUGUUUGAGGACAUGAUUAUCUGCCCUAUAAAAGUUGACAUUUCCAGAUAUUUGUCCUAAGUUUGCAUAGCGUCUGAAUCAAUGUUCAAUAUUGAAUUAACUUUCGUCUGCUACUGAAAAUGGUAAUUCACGAUAACUGCAAAUUGCCAUCACAUCAUAAAGUCAACGUUUUGACUGUCUAACGUUUAACUCGCAAGCUCCAUUACAUGCAUCGGGACAGUUUUCGUCUCGCUUUUUGAAAGCAUGUUCUGGGUGACUGAUCAAGCGGAUUACACAUUUGCUAAAGCCACAUUGAUCUAGUGGGAAUCACCGGCAAUAAAACCCCACGCUAAUUGCUGGUACACUGCACCCAGCGGCCACCUCAAAGCUAAUGUGCGCUCUGAUACUAAUUUAAGAGAUUAGUAAUGUGCGGACGCCGGACAGUGAUCUAAAUCUUUGUCCGCGUCUUGUCCUGAUCAGUGAUGGUCUGAUGCUCGUGUGUGCUGUGACUGCCCGACUGAAGCACAGUAAAAUGUGAAAUAUGUUAUUUACUGUAUGGAGGUCUAGGUGUUUCAAUGGGGCUUAAAUUUUGUCACGUGUGUUUUGUUUGUAGGUUAUUUACCUUUUGCUAUGUUUCCGAAGCGUUUCUGUUCCACUGUAUUAGACAUGCCCGUAUCUCAGAUGUUCCUUAUACUUGCGACAUUGGUUCAGUGUCCAUGCGUGUUCGGACAGAAAGGCCAGAGCUUUCCCGCUGUUUACCUGUAUCUAUCUAUAGGUACAGAGCGGACGAUGUCUCGUCCGAGACCCCAUUCCCGUCUCGCCGUGCCAAAUGGAAUGGGCGCGAACCGUCGAUGAAGCAUCGAUUGUCUAUGUAUUUAUGUAUGCUCGCCAAAUAAUAUGGUAUUGUUACA